AUGGCCGCCCCCACCGCCAGCAACAACCCCGCCAACCAGCCCGCGAAACCGCAGCCUUCGCCAGUCGCCUCCACAACCACCGUGUCGUCGCUCGACUCAAAACCAGACGCGAACGCCACCCUGUCGCCACCGCCGAACGCGAACGGUGUACCCGCUGCCGCAAAUGGCGAUGCGCAAAAGGCCAAAAAGCCGACGAUGACGUCGCGGCUCAGCAGCAUGUUCACCAAGCGCGACGAGAGUAGGGACUCUGCGAAGGCCGCACUGGUGGCCGAGAAGAAUGCUGAGGUCAAAUCGACCAACGGAGCAGUUGCGCGCCCCCCACCGGCGCGCCAGGGGUCGGUAAAUGCUGGCAAGACGGGCGGUCCAACGCCGCCCUACCGCCGGUUCUGGGUGAACGACGACGGAACCCACGAGCACCACCUCAAGGUCGCCAAGCGCCAGGAGAAACUGUCGGACAUGUUCCAGAAUCUGAUGUUGGGCAAGAGGAAGGAUGGCCACAACGACGAGCAGCCUCUGAGUCUGAUGGCGAACUGGGUCGACGUUAUGCGCAACGAGAAGGAGAAGCUGGCGGAGCAGAAGAACUCGGCAAACAAUACUUCGCAAACCCUUGUACAGAAGUACGGCAAGUGCCAGGAGGUCGUUGGCCGUGGUGCUUUCGGUAUUGUGCGCGUCGCACAUAAGACAGACGCCAAGGACCCCAAGCGCGAGCAGCUGUACGCUGUCAAAGAAUUCAAGCAACGUCCAGGCGAAUCGGCCAAGAAAUACCAAAAGCGCUUGACUGCCGAGUUCUGCAUCUCUUCAUCCAUGCAGCAUCCGAAUGUCAUCAAUACGCUCGAUCUCCUCCAGGACGACAAGGGUACCUACUGCGAGGUCAUGGAGUACUGCUCUGGCGGCGACCUGUACACACUGGUCCUGGCUGCCGGUCAACUUGAGGUUGUGGAAGCCGACUGCUUCUUUAAGCAGCUCAUGCGUGGCGUCGAGUAUAUGCACGAGAUGGGUGUCGCGCAUCGAGACCUGAAACCUGAGAACCUCCUCUUGACCCAGCACGGCUCCAUCAAGAUCACCGACUUCGGCAAUGGCGAAUGUUUUCGUAUGGCCUGGGAAAAGGAGGCUCACAUGACCGCUGGUCUAUGUGGCUCUGCUCCUUACAUUGCUCCAGAAGAAUACGUCGACCGCGAAUUUGAUCCUCGUGCUGUCGACGUCUGGGCCUGUGGUAUCAUCUACAUGGCUAUGAGGACAGGCCGGCACCUUUGGCGUCAGGCCCAGAAAGGCGACGACGAGUUCUUCGACCGCUAUCUUGAAGACCGGAAGGAGGAGGCCGGUUAUAGGCCUAUAGAAGUUCUUCGUCGGCGCCAAUGCCGCAAUGUCAUCUACUCAAUCCUGGAUCCGAACCCUACUCGCCGACUCACUGCCCACCAGGUCCUCUUCUCUGAAUGGGUCAAGGAGAUCAAAGUUUGCCGCGCCGGCGACGAGGGCUUCUAA